CCCUUUUCUUUAAUUCAUUAGAUCCAUGAUUCUCUUUAUUUUAUGAUACGAAGUCUUCUUCAAAUCAUUAAUUUAUACUUUAGUUUUUUAUUUCUACGUUUUCCCCAUUUUUUUAUAUUCCAUUCUAAGCUCUGUUUCCUGUUUUGGGUUUACUCCAAACAGAGCAAAGUCAUUAUUACUUCUCCUUUUCCCUUUCUGGGGUUUCGAGAUUUGUGAUGUAGAGGAAGAAGAAGAAGACCCAUCACUGUUUUUUUGAACCUUUUUUGCUGAGAAAAAGUCAGAAUCUAUGGAUUUUCAGAGGCAUUUUCUAGGUGGGUUUUCCAUAUGCGCUUUGGUUUUGCUGCUGAUUUUUCCUUCUCACGUGACUGCUGGGGAUAUAGUUCAUCAUGACGAUUUGACUCCCAAAAAGCCUGGCUGUGAGAACGACUUCAUUCUGGUUAAAGUUCAAACUUGGAUUGAUGGCAAAGAAGCUAGUGAAUUUGUCGGUGUUGGUGCUAGAUUUGGCGCUACCAUUGUGUCAAAGGAGAAAAAUGCAAACCAAACACGCCUGGUUCUUGCAAAUCCCCGUGAUUGUUGCAGUGUGCCAAAGAACAAGCUUUCUGGAGAUAUAAUCAUGGUUGAUCGAGGUCACUGCAAAUUUACUACAAAAGCGAAUAUUGCAGAAGCUGCAGGUGCUUCAGCUAUACUCAUAGUAAAUAACCAAAAAGAACUUUACAAGAUGGUUUGUGAUCCUGAUGAGACGGAUCUUAAUAUACAUAUACCUGCUGUCAUGCUUCCACAAGAUGCAGGAACUAGCUUGGAGAAGAUGCUAAUCAGUAAUUCAUCAGUGUCUGUUCAGCUCUACUCUCCACUACGACCACCAGUUGACAUAGCUGAAGUAUUCUUAUGGUUGAUGGCUGUUGGUACGAUCUUGUGCUCAUCUUUUUGGUCUGCCUGGAGUGCCAGGGAAGCAGCUAUCGAGCAGGACAAGCUGCUAAAGGAUGGUGCAGAUGAUAUUCAAAAUGCUGAAGACAUAGGCAGCCCUGGUGUUGUAUAUAUUAACAUGGCAUCAGCAGUUCUAUUUGUCGUCGUUGCUUCUUGCUUUUUGAUUUUGCUUUACAAACUCAUGUCGUACUGGUUCAUCGAGCUUUUGGUAGUUCUUUUCUGCAUAGGAGGUGCAGAGGGUUUGCAAACUUGUUUGGUUGCGUUAUUGUCAAGAUGCUUUAAGCAAAUUGGAGAAUCAUACGUCAAAGUGCCAUUCUUUGGAGCUGUUUCUUACCUCACAGUAGCUGUUUCUCCAUUCUGCAUAGCAUUUGCUGUCGUUUGGGCUGUUUAUCGGAAUGUGUCGUUUGCCUGGAUUGGUCAAGACGUACUUGGAAUUGCACUGAUAAUUACAGUUCUUCAAAUAGUUCAUAUACCGAAUCUUAAGGUUGGAACAGUGCUCCUCAGUUGUGCCUUCCUCUAUGAUAUCUUUUGGGUAUUUGUUUCUAAGAAGGUGUUCAAUGAAAGUGUGAUGAUUGUGGUGGCUCGUGGCGAUAAAAGUGGUGAAGAUGGCAUCCCAAUGCUGCUAAAGAUUCCUCGCAUGUUUGAUCCAUGGGGUGGUUAUAGCAUUAUCGGAUUUGGUGACAUCCUUUUACCUGGACUUGUAGUAGCAUUUUCUCUCAGGUAUGACUGGUUGGCGAACAAGAGCCUUCGGGUUGGUUACUUCUUACCAGCAAUGCUUGCUUAUGGAUCAGGUCUUCUGAUUACCUAUGUGGCUUUGAACCUGAUGGAUGGUCAUGGCCAGCCCGCGCUGCUUUACAUCGUCCCAUUCACUCUCGGAACCCUUUUGACACUGGGGAAAAAGAGAGGAGAUUUGGGGAUUCUGUGGACAAAAGGAGAACCACAAAGAGUCUGCCCUCAUGCACAUCUUCUCAUCAAUGAUGAUUUAAGUGAUGAAAAAUGAUACUCUACAUUAUUUAAUGUAUUAUAUUGUAGUGUUGAUAGCAUAUAUAUAUAUAUAUUCUCUAAUGAUAUAUAUUAGGAAUGUGAUCAAGGAAGCCAGCCUGUCUAGAGAAAGCAAGAGCUGGUGUUGAAGGUUAGAUACUUUCACCCAAAUCGGUUUUAUAGUUAUUGCUAAGAAUGUGAUGUUAAACAAUGAAGAUCACGAGUUUUUUAGGGAUUACUUUGUGGCUAAAUCUCAUUAACUUGCUAUGAUGUAUUCUUUAAUUGACUGAUUCGAAUUGUAUAUAUCAUGUUCAUGUCCCUGUUUUUCUCUC